GCAGCGGAGAGAGUAUCAAGUCACGUGGACGUGAAGCUCAAACGAUCAACGUGCUAGCGUCGACAUCACAAGAUGAUACAGCAACGCAACAUGGGAUUGAACAUAAAGCCAGAGAAAGCAGUGGUCUUACAACAAAACCACCCAGAGAUGACAGCAAUGUUCAAAUCAGUUUCAACCAGCAGGAUUAUGAAGAUCUGUCAUUCUCAGUUCAACAAGAUGAUUCCAAUGGAAGAGAGUUCAUAUCCUUGAGUAAUAAGCCAUCAACAUCCGUGGCUGCGAUGUUAUACAACAACUACAAGAUAUUGUUGCUCACUCUGUCUCAAAGUCUUCUUUCUUCUGAUGUUAUAAAACUCAAAGACUGGGCAAGUGAGAAAUUUUCGAUUGAGAGAGCUCAAAAUACUACAGAUGUUUUCUUUAAACUCGAUGAAAAAGGAGUUAUUAACGCGGAGGAUUUAAAUCAACUUCGUUCUUUUUUUCAAUCCAUCGUCAGAUAUGAUCUUCUGCACAUGAUUGAUAUAUUCCUUCUUGGUGACUAUAGUCUACUUCGGCUUGUACCAGGCCCGAGUAUUCGCGAAGCAAGUCGCGCCAAAUCAAGAUAUUGGGAUGUGAGUGCCAUCAAUGGAGAGAUCCUCACUCCAGAUUAUUCAGUCAGCCUAAUUCCUAGACGUGAUGACCGGAAUGCUGCAAUUUCAGGGAAACUAUCGAACAACACAACCACUAAACACACACAGAAUUCCACUUUUCUAACCUCCGAGAAACAGUCAAAUACCGUCCCCCAUUCCAAACUAUCCUUUAGAUGUCGAAAUGGAAAUCAACCCACGGCACACGAACAACAAGAAUUUAUACCUGUUACAACUGGAGUUACUGAUGUGGUUGCCUCUGAAAGCUCUCUUUCCCACGAGAGGAGAAGAAUGACAGCAAACCCAUUGAUAAAAACAAACCAAUCACUACCAAACAACAACCGAAACCUUCAAACAUUUGGUAGCAAUGGUUUAAAACACUCCAAACCCCAACGUCGUGAUACAGAGAGAAACAACGGCUUCAAUACUCGCAACCCCGACACCUCUCACAACCACCAGGCUCUUGACCAGGAUGAUAAUUGGCUCUGCAGUCAUUAUAAACGACACUGUUACGUGAAAUUUGAGUGUUGUGAUAAAUUUUGGCCAUGCCAUCGUUGCCAUAACAACCAAAGCAAAUGCGGGAGAAAGAAACUAAAGUCACGUGACACAAAGAUGGUGAAGUGUGUUUAUUGUGACAAAGAGCAACCAUUUGGAGAGUUUUGCUGUAAUUGUAAUGCAAAAUUUGCAAAUUAUUUCUGUGGUUUAUGUUUGCACUUAACUGGUAAAGAUGACCAUCCUUAUCAUUGUGAAAAAUGUGGAAUCUGCAGAAUUCAUGGUGAUCGAUCUUUCCAUUGCGAUGUUUGUGGUGUGUGUCUGGAUGUCCAACUUCGAGGAAAUCAUAAAUGUCGUGAAGGAUCUGCUCAUGAUGAAUGUUGCAUAUGUUUGGAGGAUGCCUUCACAGGAUGUCAAAUUCUGCCGUGUUCUCAUAAAGUGCACAAAGAAUGUGCAACUCAAAUGAUCAGAAGUGGAAUGUAA